CGGUACUUGUCGGUGUUGUAAGAUUGAAAAUGGAGUCCGGAACUUAAUUGUAAAUCCCAGUAGAGGAGCAUAAAAUACCGUUUUUUCUUACUUCUGAUCAAGAUUUAGGUUUCAACGAGAUCACAGAUCGUGGGAAUGGCUUCAGCGUCGCGUAAAAACCAAUUCAAAGUGGUUUUGCUAGGGGAGGGCUGCGUUGGUAAGACGUCCCUUAUGCUCCGAUACGUACAAGACAAGUUCAACGAUAAGCAUUUAACUACCUUACAAGCAUCAUUCUUGAAUAAAAGAUUAAAUAUAGAUGGGCAAAGAGUGAACAUUGCAAUAUGGGACACAGCAGGCCAGGAAAGAUUUCAUGCUUUAGGACCAAUUUAUUACAGAGAUAGCAAUGGUGCAAUUCUAGUUUAUGAUAUAACAGAUGAAGAUUCCUUUUUCAAGGUGAAAAACUGGGUCAAGGAACUUAAGAAAAUGUUGGGAGAAGAUAUUGCACUCUGCAUAGCAGGAAACAAAAUUGACCUCGAAAAAGACAGACAUGUGGAGGCUUCAGAGGCAGAAGCGUAUGCCAAGACAGUAGGGGCAAAGCACUUCCAUACAUCAGCAAAACUUAACAAAGGUGUAGAAGAAAUGUUCUUUGAGCUUGCAAAGCAAAUGUUGGAGAGACAAGAAAAAAAUGAGGGCAAUCGUGAUGGAAUACCUGACAGAGGAAAUAGCAGGCGGAAGAAUGUGGUAAUAGUUGAUGAACAACCCCAGCGACAGAGCAGUAGUGGUUGUUGUGGUGGAGGGGGAUCAUAGAGUUUAUCAUGUGCAAACUGUGGUUUGCAUUAUCAAUCAGUUCUCUCUCUUGUCUCUGUAAUAUAGAGCUUUAGAUAAGGUAAACGAUAGUUUAUCAACAGGUAAUAGUGUGGAGAUAAUGUUUUGCAAGGAGGAAGUGGUCUGACCCCAAGUUUGAUAGUCCUGAGAACCAUAGAUCUUUAUAAUGUUUAGUGCGGAAAAGGACAAUUUAAUAUAACUAUUCCUUGUAUCAAUUAUUUUGUCUUUCUCAGUAACUAAUUGCCUGUCACUUCUUUUAAAGCUGGUAGUUAUAAUUUAGCAAUAGUUCUAUUAUAUUUACCCCAAACUUCUUUGGGGUAUUUGGUAUUUGAAUACUGUACUACAGGUGCAGGUGUAAAUUGACAAGCAAUAAAUAUUAAUCAAGUUGACUAAUGAAGUGCCUAAGGGGUUGAAGAAUUAGACUGACAAACUGUUAAAUGGCCUGUUUUCUCAAAUGAUUUAAGCUGUCAAAUACAUUUGUAUUCUGAGAGGAUAGUGAAUCUGGCUUUUUCAAACGUGAAAAGACGAGAUGACCUCCUGAACCAUGUCAUAUCUCGCCAUGAAAUUGUAAGAGGGUGUAUGACCCAAAGAGGUGCAUUUACCUUGUUUUUAGCUUAAUGGGCUCACUUAUUAAUUAAAAAUAAAAGUGAUUUUGUUCUGACAAUAUACUCCUAAGCUGCGUCUAAAUGUAGUAAUAGGACAAUCUUUUCUAUUUUAUAGCUAUGUAACUUGUGGUAACUUAGUUGACAUAUAGUGGUUUUGAUAACAAGUGGCAAGCCUGCAGCUAUAGCCUCCUUAUCACUUUCGGUUUAUUGUACAUUCAUAACAAAAAACCACAUUAACUAGAUUGUGUCAAUCAUGAGUGAUGUUCAGUUGCAUAUUUUGCACAUCUAAAAGAUAAAUUAUGCCAAAUGCAGCUGACUCGUUAGUGGUGAGAUCAGAUCUGGAUUGGAAAAGUCCUUUUUUUGAUAUAAUUGGAAUCAAAGAACAGGCAUCUCUCUUCAUGAAUGUAUGCCAGUGAUUUGAGAUUUUGAAAGUUGUUAUACUUGGCAGGACUGUCAAUAAGGGCUGUACCCUUAAUGUUACUGGUGAGGACGUCAAAAAUAUUGCUGUCAUGUUACACUUCACCACAUUUUACACUGCUGUGGGUGAAAAUCCUCAGGUAAUGGCUGCUUCAAAACUUACAGCCAGCUCUGCUCUGUUUGCUGUCUAGUGGGUCUCUCUAGUUUUUUUUUUAAUUUUUUUUAUGAGGUAAAUGUUUUCCAAGCUUAUGUGAGGAAUGUAUAUGAAUACAAUAUUUCAGCAAAGAUUGCACAAGUGGUAAUAUUUUGGUAGUCUGAUGGUGUGAAGUUUUGUAAAAAUGAAAAUUACAUCAUGGAGAAUGCAAGUUAA